GGUAUAACCAUUUAAAGAAACCUUCUUGCCAGCAAAUCUAUGAUAAAAAAUAUAAGUAACAGAGGAAAUUAUAACUGUUAUUUGUCAAGUGACAAACUUUUAAUGUCAGAAUGGCUCACCUAAGGCGACUAGUGAAAUUACCUCUUAAAAGAUAUUACCAUAAAAAGUUCUGGAAACUUGGUGCAAUAAUAUUUUUCUUCAUACUAUUUUUGAUUUUAAUGCAAAGAGAAGUAAGUAUUCAACAUUCCAAAGAGGAAACAAGUAUGGAAAGAAAUAUGAAAAACAAAAACAAGAUGUUUGACUUUAUGCUGGAAGCUGUCAACAAUAUUAAAGAUGCAAUGCCAAAAAUGCAAAUAAGAGCACCUGUCAGGGAAAAUAUUGAUGCUGGUAAGAGACCCUGUUUGCAAGGAUAUUAUACAGCAGCAGAAUUGAAACCCGUUCUUGACCGCCCACCUCAGGAUUCUAAUGCACCUGGUGCUUCCGGUAAAGCAUUCAAGACAACCAAUUUAAGUACUGAAGAACAGAAGGAAAAAGAACGUGGAGAAGCAAAACACUGUUUUAAUGCUUUUGCAAGUGACAGAAUUUCUUUACAACGAGACCUUGGACCAGAUACUCGACCUCCUGAAUGUAUUGAACAGAAAUUUAAGCGCUGUCCUCCUCUGCCUACCACCAGUGUCAUAAUAGUUUUUCAUAAUGAAGCAUGGUCCACACUGCUUAGAACUGUCCACAGUGUGCUCUAUUCUUCACCUGCCAUACUGCUGAAGGAAAUCAUUUUGGUGGAUGAUGCUAGUGUAGAUGAGUACUUACAUGGUAAACUAGAGGAAUAUAUAAAACAAUUUUCUAUAGUAAAAAUAGUCAGACAAAGAGAAAGAAAAGGUCUGAUUACUGCACGGUUGCUAGGAGCAACAGUAGCAACAGCUGAAACGCUCACAUUUUUAGAUGCACACUGUGAAUGUUUUUAUGGCUGGCUAGAGCCUUUAUUGGCCAGAAUAGCUGAGAACUACACAGCUGUUGUGAGUCCAGAUAUUGCAUCCAUUGAUAUGAACACUUUUGAAUUCAACAAACCUUCUCCUUAUGGAAGUAACCAUAAUCGUGGAAAUUUUGACUGGAGCCUUUCAUUUGGCUGGGAAUCACUCCCUGAUCAUGAGAAGCAAAGAAGGAAAGAUGAAACUUACCCGAUUAAAACACCUACUUUUGCAGGAGGCCUUUUUUCCAUAUCAAAAGAAUAUUUUGAAUACAUUGGAACUUAUGAUGAAGAGAUGGAAAUCUGGGGAGGUGAAAAUAUAGAAAUGUCUUUCAGAGUAUGGCAAUGUGGUGGGCAGUUGGAGAUUAUGCCUUGCUCUGUUGUUGGACAUGUUUUUCGCAGCAAAAGCCCUCAUACCUUUCCAAAAGGCACUCAGGUGAUUGCUCGAAACCAAGUUCGCCUUGCAGAAGUCUGGAUGGAUGACUAUAAGAAAAUAUUUUAUAGGAGAAACACAGAUGCAGCAAAAAUUGUUAAACAAAAAUCAUUUGGUGAUCUCUCAAAAAGAUUUGAAAUAAAACACCGCCUUCAAUGUAAAAAUUUUACAUGGUAUCUGAACAAUAUUUAUCCAGAAGUGUAUGUGCCAGACCUUAAUCCUGUUAUAUCUGGAUAUAUUAAAAGCAUUGGUCAACCUCUAUGUCUGGAUGUUGGAGAAAAUAAUCAAGGAGGCAGGCCAUUAAUUUUAUACACAUGUCAUGGACUUGGAGGAAACCAGUACUUUGAGUAUUCUGUUCAACGUGAAAUUCGGCAUAACAUCCAGAAGGAACUAUGUCUCCAUGCUGUUCAAGGUCCCGUUCAACUGAAGACAUGUACUUACAAAGGUCACAAGACAGUGGCCAUUGGAGAACAGAUAUGGGAGAUCCAGAAGGAUAAACUUCUGUAUAAUCCAUUCCUUAAAAUGUGCCUUUCAGCAAAUGGAGAGCAUCCAAGUUUAGUAUCAUGCAAUCCAUCAGAUCCACUCCAAAAAUGGAUUUUUAGCCAAAAUGAUUAAGUGUUCCUUAAAAUUAAGGAGUUGAAAUAGGAGAUAUUCUUUCUCAUAAAACUGUGACUAGGCAUAUACACUGUAGUUUUUGAAAUUAUGCAGAAGCAGCUAAUUGUAACUUAUUCCAAGUGCAUUUUUCUUAUUUAUAUCUUCAAAUGCCUACAUAGCACUACUAUAGAAAUCCUUUAAGGUUCCAUUUCAAAGCACAAUAACUAGUAAUACCAAAGACUAUUUUGAAAUGUCCAGAUGUAGGGAAAGAGAUGUUUACAAUAUGAUGAAAAUAACUUUCCAAGUAAAGUGUGUUUUGUACUCUUGAGAUAUACAUAGCUAUAUUCACAUACAAUUGAAAAUAUUCCUUCUAGUUUUAUGAGGGGAGGGAAAAUAUUUGAUACUGUAUUUUUUUAACUACAUUGAAAUAGAUCAAUGAAAGUAAGACAUUGGUCUUUGUGUACAAACCAGGAAAAUUUUAUAGAUCUAGAAUUUAUUAUAUAAAAAUUUAGGUCAACAUUUUUGCCUUUUGUUACUUAUCUGUUAAAAUGUUUUCUUAUAUAUGAAAUAAAAUUAAUGAUAAGAGAAAUAUUUUUAACCACUUCAAUAUCUUGUCAAUUUUUUAGAUAUUUUUUAGUUUGAAGUCCCCUUGAAUUGAAGCACUUGUCUUCCUUAAAUUACUUUUCCUAAACAACUAUACUGUGUGUUCCCAAAGCAAUUAAAAAAAAAACUAUAAAUGACUAUCUGUUAAUAGGUAUCUUUUUCCUUUCUGCUAGUCUUUUUUCAUAUCAGAAUUCACUGAUCUUGAAUGUUUGUAAAAAUGAAUUUCAGUCGUAGAAUACUUACUUAAAGCUACAUUUGUUACUGAUUCAAUUAUAGAUUGUUUUUGUAAUGAUUCUUUUUUCUCAUCAAAAAACCCUAUUUCUAUCUAUGUGGAAAACAAUAAAAAUCUUAUCAUUAUUGUAA